AUGAGUAUUGUUGUUCUUUUUCUUGAGUUACUAACCUUAGCAAUCAUCGAUAUUAGCUUCAGCAAUAGAAACACCCACUUGAAUUGCAUUGAAAGUGAGAGAGAAUCACUUUUAAGGUUCAAGCAAGAGCUCAAAGAUCCAUCAAACUGGCUUACCUCUUGGAGUGGUGAUGGAGAUUGCUGCACAUGGGACAGUGUUGUCUGUGACAACUUGACAGGUCAUGUCCUCCAGCUCCACCUUCAAAAUCCUCACAAUGAUUCUGAGUACGAAGCUUUUUGGAGGUCAGAAUUAGGCGGUAAGAUAAAUCCCUCUUUGCUUGAUUUGAAAGAUUUGAUUUACUUGAACUUAAGCAAAAACUAUUUUGAAGGAAUUCAGAUUUCUAUAUUUCUUGGUUCUAUGGGAAAGUUAAGGUAUCUUGAUCUUUCUGGAGCUGGAUUUUCAGGAAUGAUUCCUCAUCAAUUGGGAAAUCUCUCUUACCUGAAAUAUCUUGACCUCGGUGGUGGGAAUGUUUUGUAUGCUGAGAACACUUUUUGGUUAUUUGGUCUUUCUUUGCUAGAGCACCUUGAUUUAAGUUAUGUGGAUCUUAGCAAAUCCUCUGAGUGGUUGCAAGCGAUAAAUAAUCUCUCUGUUUUGAAAGUGAUGAAAUUGUCAAUUUGUCAGCUUUCUAACUUUCCUCCACUACCCAUUGCAAACUUUUCGUCUUUUACUAUCCUUGAUCUUUCUUUUAACCAAUUAGGUGAUACAAUUCCUAGUUGGAUGCUUGGUCUUAAUGAUUUAGUCUAUCUUUCACUAAAUGUAAAUUCUUUUCGAGUUCCUUUUCCUGAUGGACUUCAAAACUUGACUUCUUUGAGGCACUUUGAUUUAUCUGAUAAUGAUUUCAACUCCGCAUUUCCCAAUUGGUUUUACAAAUUAAGCCUCCUUGAGUACCUAGAUUUGUCAAGAAAUAAACUUGAAGGGAGACUUCCAAGAUCAUUUGGAACACUUUGCAACUUGAAAUCAAUCUUUUUAUCCGAUGUGAAAUUAAAUCAAAGUACAUCUGAAGUUCUAGAUAUCUUCUCAGGAUGUAUAUCAGAGGGGCUACAGGUUUUAGAUUUGCAUCAAUCUCAACUUUUUGGUCAUUUCACUAAUAAAUUGGGGAAACUUAAGAAUCUAGUCCAUCUUGACCUACAGAACAAUUCUAUUUUUGGUUCUAUUCUGUUGUCUCUAGGCAAACUUUUGUCCUUAGAACAAUUAGAUCUUUCCUAUAACAAAUUGGACGGAACUCUUUCUAAAAUUCAUUUUGCAAAUCUCACGAGACUGCUCAGUUUUGAUGCAUCUGAAAACUCAGUAGUAGUAAAAGUUAGUCCUGAUUGGCAUCCUCCUUUUCAACUUGAAACUUUAGAGUUGCGUUCUUGUCUUUUAGGGCUUAAAUUUCCAUUAUGGCUUCAGUCACAAAAUAAGUUAACAGUGUUGGAUAUAUCAAACUCAGGAAUUCUAGAUACCAUACCUAAUGGGUUUUGGAAGUCCCAAUGGUCUUUUCUAAACCUCUCUCACAAUCAAAUCUUUGGAGGACUUCCAAAUUUAACUAAUGUUGGCGGUGUUGAAUCACUUUUCUUGAAUUCGAAUAAUCUGUUAGGUCCAUUGCCCCUUAUAUCCUCUAAGUUGAUUGGUCUAGAUCUUUCCAAUAACAGUUAUUUAGGAUCCAUUUCCCAAUUUUUAUGUUACAGAAUAAAUGAGUCAAAGGAAAUUAAAGUUCUCAGCUUCAAAGAUAAUGCGUUAUUCGGAGCAUUUCCCGAUUGUUGGAUGAAUUGGCAUGACUUAUUGUACCUAAAUUUAGGUAACAAUAGUUUUACUGGUGACCUUCCAACCUCCAUGGGAAAUUUAAGUUCCCUUCAAGCACUUCACCUCUAA